AGUUAUACACUGGACUCUGAAUCAAUCGGGUAUAAUCGAGUAUAAGCUUCGAAAUGCCAUCCACCAAGUGGAGAUAUUUUUUCAUCGCCAUCUUCAUCGAAUUAUCCCAUCAACAAGUCAUUAAUUAUGAAAUGGACGACAAGCCAAUGAGUUUUAGAGGAUUCAACAACGACCUUGGAGCUUUGGUGGAAUACGAAGGAAGGGCAGCUUUGGCCAUGGAGGACUGGACUAUCAUCGCAACAUUUAAUUUAAGCAAGCACCUUGAGGCGAUCAAAUGGCUCCAAGGGCACAAGCUUUACGCUAGUCCCAAGAAUGUACUUCCGGAUUUGGAUAAGUUCAAAGAGGCCACUCUUCUAAAUGGUUUCAUACAAAACAUGGAUACUUUGGACUUUCCGCUAUCACCUUCACCAAAGGAAAUCGCUGAGUUGUACAAGAACUAUACGUCGGUGAUCAGCAGCACAGUCAAUAUACUACAUGGUUCGAGCUUCCAAUCAAUAAUAGAUGAUCUCGAAUUCGAUAUUUGGGCUUAUAAUGAUAAAAAGGGUCCAUCUGAAAUGCCAAAAGGUGCGUCUCUAGAUUUUAGUUUUCUGGCGGAUCACAUAAGACUUUCAGAGGCCGCCAUUCAGGAAGCCUUAAUGUCCGCCUAUCAGGGGCAGCUGAGUCCCAGGGUCCUAACCCUUCAACAAUUUGAAAAGGAAAUCCUAAAUAUUCAGGCCCAUCUUCCGAGUCGUCGGGGACUUUUCUUUGAACAUUUCACGAUGUCCGACAUUUACCGAAUUGUGAAGAUUUCCACUUUUAGAAGAGACAACCACAUAGUGUUCAAAAUCUUGGUGCCUCUCGUGGACGUGGAGCAGUUUAAUCUGUACCGCUUAACGCCCAUUCCGCGAGUUCUUGAAAAUGACAAGAUCGAACUGGUGGACAUGGAAGUACCUUAUUUAGGGAUUAACGAUCACCUAGACAGGCAUUUCCCGCUACAAGACUUAAGGGACUGCACCGAAAUGAUGCCAGAGAAAUUCAUCUGUCGGCGAAUUCAAAUUACUUACGGAAAAGAUGAUGCCAGAACUCCCUGUUCUCUAGCUGCCAUUCGGAAUAACACACCCGAUGACUGCGAAACAAGGCAGAAGGAUGGGAGGUCCCUUUGGACACCGCUCCUAGCAGCCAACUCGUGGAUGGUGGCCCUCUCCCAGGAGCUAACACUAAUAGGUGUCUGUUCCGACGAUCGCCAGGAGCUAAAAAUUAAUGGAAGUGGAAUCCUUCAAAUCCGGAGUGACUGCAUUGUUAAGAGCCAAGAUAUAAAAUUACAGGGGAAUUCGCUUAAAGGACAUCCCUCACUUGCCAGCUAUGCAUAUUUGUUUUUGCAAAGAAAUAAAAGUGUUCCAAAUGAUCCAUAUGAUAACUUCUAUCAACUCCGAGACAUAAUCAACCACUUGAAAAUUCAACAGGAUAAUCUAUACCAGAACGAAGGAGUUAAAAUAGCUAUAAUUGCCGUGUGCCCACUGGUGGUUCUAAUUGUCCUGUUAACUUCCUUGGCCUGGUUCUAUCGUUCUUACCGCAAAAAAAUAAAUAUACAGAAAGCUACUCGAGUGGAAGAUCCGCGCCAAGGAAACAAAAACGAAACACAAACCACCAACCUUCCCCUUCUGGAGAAGGAAUCUGAUCAAUAAAAUCCUGUUUUUAUCAACUCAAUAAAACAUUCUUAAAAAAAAUUUA